AGCAUGGCUGUCAGUAUAAAUUUGAAGCUUGAACAAUGCGCUUCCUCUCGUCACGUUGGUUUUUUUUGUUUGUGCAUUUUGACGAAAAUGUUAUCAUUUGUGAAUUUGAGAAUGCUAAAUUAUGGAGAAAUAUAGGUGCUGUGACGUGAUACAUUUCGUUGGACGAGGUGAAAAUAACGCGAAUUCCGAUAAAGCAGAGGACGAAUCAAAAUGACUUCGAGGCUCGACCGCUUGUUCGUGCUGCUGGAGGCAGGGUCGGGGGCGGCGACGCGACGGGCUGCGGCGCGGCAGCUAGGCGAGGUGCAGCGCGCGCACCCGGAGGAGUUGCACCGCCUGCUCGCGCGCCUCAUGCGACACCUGCGCGCGCCCGCCUGGGAGACAAGAGUUGCUGCAACACAGGCGGUGGAAGAGAUCCUAUCGAAUGUUCCUGAAUGGCACCCACCUGCAGAUGUUAAAGAUGAAGACAACGAGACAGAAGAGUCUGGGCGGCUGCGGUGUGAGACCUUCGACAUUGAGCGUCUGCUGCAAAAUGGCGCGCAGCUCAUGGGCUCCGAGGGCAACGAGUAUGAUAUGGAGGACGUGGAACUAUCCGCUACAGAUAUAUCGGAGCGUAUGGCGAAACAGAGGCAGCAGUUGAACGCGAAGCUGGGCUUGGACGUCGCCUCGACACUGGGGAUAGACCUUAGUAAUGUGUAUACCAACGAGGACCUGUGUCCGACCACGCCAGUCAAGAAUGAAGUUGCCAAGAGGCCGAUCCAAGAGCUGGUCCUGCAGCAGACGAGGCCAUUGAGUUCUCGCGAGAUGAACCUGGCGCGGCGGCGCGCGCGCGCUUCUUUCGGCAAGCAGAAGUCACGAGAGUGUGACGACGCCCCGCCCACUCCGCCCGUUGAGCCCGAGAGGAAGAAGUUCAAGAUGGAGGGCAAUGAGGAUUACGUCGUGGACAGCGGUCUGGCGGUGCCGGAGCGCGGCGGUGGGUGGGCGGGGGCGCGGCGCUGGCCGCUGGAGGCGUGGUGCGGUGCACUCCAGGCGCAGCUGUUCAGCGCCGCGUGGGAGGCGCGACACGGGGCAGCGGGCGCACUGCGGGAGUUGCUGCGUGCACCUGUUGCUGCCAGUGCUGACCAUCGAGCCGGGAUGACACCGCAGCAGAUGGAAGACGCUCACCAAGAGUGGUUAGAAGACAUGGCGCUGCGACUGCUUUGUGUGCUAGCCUUAGACAGAUUCGGGGAUUUCGUAUCAGAUCAGGUCGUCGCGCCCGUACGUGAAACGUGCGCGCAGACGUUGGGCGUGGCGCUCGCGCGUCUCCGUGCGCCGCGCGUGCGUCUCGUCGCGGAGCGGCUGGCGACGCUCGCACGGCAGCCGCAGUGGGAGGCGCGUCACGGUGCGCUAUUAGCGUUCAAGUACCUGCUAGCGGCGCGGCAGGAGGUGGCUAUUGAGUGUGGAGUGUUAGAGCAUCUUAUGGCGGGGCUGGAAGACGUAGCGGAGGACGUAUCUGGCGUCGCUGCGGGUGCGCUGGCGCCCGCAGCUGCGGCGCUGGCUGCGUCGCGCCCGCUCGAGUUGCCGCGUUUGGCAUCCGCACUUUGGCAGCUGCUGCGUGCGACUGACGAUCUGGCCGCGCCCGCGACGCACUAUAUGGCGUUGCUGGCCUCCCUCAUGGCUCUACCUGCGGCUGCGCAACUGUUAAAGCCAAUAGACCUAGCGGAUGUGCUACCUCGGCUAUGGCCGUACCUAGACCAUUCGGCGAGUUCAGUUCGAAAGGCGACGCUACAGACUCUGCGUACGUUGACCAAACCACUCGUAACAAUUCAGAACGGUGACAGUUCUAAGCCGACGGAGAAUGGGAAUAGUGAGCACUUGGACUGGACGCCCGAGUUGCUGCAAGAGGCCAUGAGAUACAUCUACCAGAGGAUACUGUUCGAACAUGUUCAUGAAAUACAAGAAAUUGGUCUACAGGUGUGGAAGAAUCUAGUCCGGUACGCGAGUCUCGGCUCGAUCCUGUUGGCGGCGUGUCCGAUGUUGUCGCUAUGGCUCUGCCUGGCGAUGCAGCCGGCUCGCGCCCCAGUCGAUCCAGCGUUGCUGCUACAGCCGCCGCUCAAGGAGCGGCGCACGCGCACCAGCUCUAUGGACGGCGAGGAGGAGGGUGAGGCGCGAGGGGCGCAGAAGUGGUACGUGGGCGGCAGCGAGUCACAGCCCGCCCCUGUCCGCGACCGCAACGUCACGCGCGCGAGAUGUCUAGCCGCUGAUAUGUUGGGUUACCUAUCGUGCUACUUGGUACAGCCAGCGCCCGGCAUCGAUUACAAGGCUGAAGACGAGAGCCCCAUAGACUGUUAUGUUAGGGUGAUGGUGGUAUACGUGCGGUCGGGGAGCGCGCUACAGCGGCUCGUCGCGGCCCUGGUAUUGGCUAGUUGGGCGCGGCGCACGCGCGAGUUGCGGCUGUACCCGCCCCCUAUACCGCCGCCCGUACCGCCCUCGUCAGACGUGCAGCCUUAUAUACAGAACGCACAAGCGUCUGAUAAACAAGCUGCGCAGGCACACGGUGAAGCAACGGCUGAUACACAGAGCACUGUGACGAAUAACGGCGACGUCGAGCGGGACCUGGCGCCGCCGCUGCUGCGGACGACGCUGCUGGCGGCGCUCACGCAGGCGUUAUACUACGACGAGGUCGCGCUCAACUGUAACAGAAUACUCCAAGAAGCUCGAGAUCUAUUGGCUAUGAUGAAACAUUACAAGUUGCCCGUCGAAGACGAAGGGUUCAACAAUAUCAUGAGAUUAGAACAGGUAGUUCAUAUGACCACCAUGACUCAGCCAAUGGUAGCCGCUAUGAAGUUAAAACGCGUGGCGCAAACUCUAGAGGAGAGAAGAAAGACUUUACAGACGUCCGUCAACCAGUGCUCCAGUGAACAGACGACUCUGAAUAUAUCCGUGCAAGCGGCGCUGGCGGGUGCGUGCGCGGCGCUGCGUCUAGUCCCAGAGCGUCUCAACCCGUUGGUCCGUCCGCUCAUGGACGGGAUCAAGCGGGAAGCGGCGAGAGAGUUGCAGGAGACUGCCGCGCGGGCCCUCGCCGAUCUAGCGCCGCAGCUGCUGUCCAGAGAUCCGUGUCCGAAUCACAAGAUAUUGGCGAAUUUGAAGGCGUUUCUGAGAUGUGAUCCAGACUUCACGCCGCGUAUAACUCUUGAGAGCUCGGAGGAGGCGAACGGCGACUCCGGCAGCGGCGAGAGCGGCGCGGAGGGGAAGGAGGAGUCCAGUCAUGGCGCUAAAUUGGACAUGUACAAUGGGAUCCUGACGUUACGAGAGCAACAACGCAGUGUGGAUAGGACGCUGCCACGGCGCGGGCGCCCGCCCACAGCCAGUGUCGACCUUAGCAUGGAGGAAUUAUUCCCGCAGGAGGACGAGGCUCAGAAACUCCUUCGUAUUCAACGGCGCGGAGCGACGAUGGCUCUCAACUGUCUGACGGCGCAUUUUGGCGAUGAACUGCCUGAGAAGCUGCCGAAACUGUGGGAGUUUAUUAUACAGCCUUUCGAGAAAGUUAUGAGCGAUGCUGAGCUGGAAGCUGUAUCGGUGGAGGUGGCAGAGGAGACAGUAUCGCGACUACAGGUGCUAGAAGCGGUGGCGGGCAACAUUGGCAGCGGUCUGUGGCCGCGGCUGCUAGCGGCGCUGCCAGCGGCGCUGCGUUUGACCCGCGCGCCGCACACGGCUACGCGGCAUAUGGCGGCGCGCGCGCUCGCUGCGUUGGCGGCGCGUGAACCGCAGAAAGUGCUGCCAGUGCUGCUGCCUGAGCUAAUAGAGGCGUUGACCGAGCUGUCGAGCGAGCGCGUGCGGUGCGGCGCGGCGGAGACGCUGGCUCGGAUCGUCGACACACUGCGGCUGCAGGUCGUGCCGUAUAUCGUGCUGCUCGUGGUGCCUUUGCUUGGCCGUAUGAGUGACCACAAUGAGGCCGUACGCACGAUGUCAACGCGGUGUUUCGCGACUCUUAUCCAGCUUAUGCCUCUAGACGGGGCCAUACCCGAGCCUGAAGGUUUAUCGCAGGAGAUGCGCGAGCGAAAGGCGAGAGAUAAAGACUUCCUGGAGCAGCUGUUCAAUCCCAAGUCGAUAAAAGACUACAAGAUACCGAUACCAGUGUCCGCUGAGUUGAGGAGUUAUCAGCAGGCGGGCGUGAACUGGCUGCGGUUCCUACACGACUACAAGCUGCAUGGCGUUCUGUGCGACGACAUGGGGCUCGGCAAGACGCUGCAGUCGGUCAUUAUGGUGGCCGGCUCGCACUACGAGCGCGACCGCGACCAACUUCCGCCGCUGCCCUCGCUCGUCGUGUGCCCGCCGUCGCUCACAGGGCACUGGGUGUUCGAAGUGAACAAAUUCAUACCAAAGAAAUUCCUCAAGCCGCUACAGUAUGUGGGUACGCCGGCCGAGCGCGAACGCCUCCGGAGUCACGUGCAAUUCUACAACCUCAUUGUGGCCUCGUACGAUAUAGUCAGGAAGGACAUAGACUUCUUCAGCAGCUUCAAGUGGAACUACUGUAUAUUGGACGAGGGCCACGUGAUCAAGAACGGCAAGACGAAAGCGUUCAAAGCCAUCAAGCAGAUCGUAGCACACCACCGACUUAUAUUGUCCGGUACUCCUAUACAGAACAACGUGGUCGAACUAUGGUCGCUAUUCGACUUCCUACUGCCUGGUUUGCUGGGGUCGGAGCGUCAGUUCUCGGCGCGCUACUCGCGACCCAUCCUCGCCGCCCGCGACCCGCGCGCCGCGCCCGCACAGCUGCAGGCCGGCGCGCGCGCGUGUGAGGCGCUGCACCGACAGGUGCUGCCGUUCCUCCUACGGCGCGUCAAGGAGGACGUUCUACGCGAAUUACCACCGAAGAUCACGCAGGACUACUACUGCGAGCUCAGCCCGCUACAGCGCAGCUUGUACGAGUUGUUCAGUAAAGAACAUUUGCCGGAUGAUAUUGAGAACUCCCAUACUCAUGUGUUCCAGGCACUCCACUACCUCCAGAACGUAUGCAACCAUCCCAAGCUCGUUCUGACGCCGGAGCACCCUGAGGCGGCGCGCGUGGCCCGACAGCUUGCCUCCUCUGGGUCUACGCUUGAUGAUAUCGAUCACGCUGCGAAACUGCCAGCACUUAAGCAACUCCUACUCGAGUGCGGCAUCGGUCGUGGCGGCUGCGUCGCGUCCGCUCACCGCGCGCUCGUGUUCUGUCAGCUCAAGGCCAUGCUGGAUAUUGUGGAGAAAGACCUCCUCAAAACGCACUUGCCCACCGUCACGUAUUUGCGUCUAGAUGGCAGCGUGCCACCGCCGAGGCGUCACGCGAUCGUCACGCGGUUCAACACUGACGUGUCUAUUGAUUUGCUGCUACUGACUACUGCGGUUGGUGGUCUCGGUCUGAACUUAACCGGUGCUGAUACGGUGAUCUUUGUGGAGCACGACUGGAACCCCAUGCGGGACCUGCAGGCGAUGGACCGCGCUCACCGCAUCGGUCAGAAGCGAGUCGUCAAUGUAUACCGUCUGAUCGCGCGAGACACGAUCGAGGAGAAGAUUAUGGGACUGCAAAAGUUCAAGCUGAUGACGGCUAACGCAGUGAUCAGCAGCGAGAACGCAGCCUUGGAGACGAUGGGCACACACAACCUGCUCGACCUGUUCCAAAUGUCGGGGCCCUCCAGCGGCCCUUCGCAGCCCUCGGGGUCAAAGUCCGUGUUGGAGACCCUGCCCGACCUCUGGGACGAUAAGGACUAUGAGGAGGAGUAUGACAUGACUAACUUCAUUAAGAGCCUGAAUAAGAUUAAACAGUGAUCGCGUUAGCCAAAGGAUAAUGUUCAAUGUUUGCCUUUUGUUUUGUAUCGUAAUAAAUACCCACGGUUAUUGUACUAUCGACGAAAUUGAUUCAUAGGCAUUUGACGGACCUACGUCAUCUAUAGUUUGU